AAAGUGACGUCACGCUUAUUUGCAUUAUCGCCAUCUUGGAUAUCUGAAAACCAAAGGAUUGUGUUUUUAAUCCACCAAUAUCCAGGCCAUCGCUGCCAAAUAUAUAACAUUUUAUCAUUAUUUAUUAUCUUUAUUCUUCACCCAGGAGAACGGACCGGUAUUUAACGGUUCGUUCAUAGGGUACUUGCACAAAGUAUCUCUGAUGUAUAUCUUGGCAAGAUGUCCACCUUCUCAGGAGUAGGCAAUAAGGCCGACAAGAACAAAGCAAAGUUCACGUCAAUCAAUAUCAAUACCAUAUACAAAGGAAAGAGUGCAGAACAACCAAAGACACCAGUCGCUAGACAACAUGGGUUACAAAGCUUGGGUAAAGUGGGAAGCCUCCGGCGUAUGCCGCCUCCGGCCAAUCUACCGAGUUUAAAGAGUGAAAACAGCGGAAACGAUCCAACUAUAACAUUGGUACCAACUGGAGGUUCAGGAUGGGGCAGCAAAGAGAAAGAGGAGAGGGGGUCCAGCAGUCCGCAGCCAUUAUCGCAGCAGCCGCAGGCUACCACACCGUCAAUGGGGCAAACUAUAAAGGUGUCGGUAUCUGGGAGCGCUGUUGCGGGGACAACGCCAAGCAGCGUGAUGAUGACAACAACAACAAUGACACAGAGUGUGGGGGGCACACCACAGACACCAGUGUCUUCAGUAGGGGCAGCAAGCACACCGACAUCAACAGGAGGUAUAAAGUCAUGGAGCAGUGUGACAUCUGGAGAACCAUUGAAGAAAGUUGUGGGGCACAAAUCACCGUACUUUCAAGAAGAAUUUCCAACGCUAGCAGCCAGUGGAUCGGAUACGGAAAAGAAAGAUGGGACAGACAAAAAAGAGGGGGAAGGGGCAUCCGAGCAACAGUAUGGACCAGGGCCAAGUUUGCGUCCACAAAAUGUCGGGAACUGGAAGGAAGGCGGAGGUCGUGGCGCCAUGCUGCAGAACAUGCCCAGCAAAGACACACCGUCACCAUCUACGUCUGGUGCGGAGAUCCGGACAGAAACACCGCCGAGUGGCCACCCGACUACGGCCACGGGAAGUGGUGGCGUAGGCGCCGGGGACACGCCCUUUUCGGGGCCUCCUGUGAUGGCGCCCGGCGGUCCCGGUAUGGGCCCCAUGCGACCGGGCAUGCAGGGACCCAUGCCUCACAUGGGGCCACCACCGUAUAGCAUGCAAGCGGGAUACAGGGGGAUGAUGCCACCUUACAUGUUCCGCGGGUUCCCACCAUAUCCACCACCUAACUUCCAAGGCAUGAGACCCUAUGGGCCCCCUUAUGAUGGGAGGUUCCCGAGGAAUCCCCCUCCGCACAUGCUCCCCCAACGUGGCAGUGCAGAGAAGUCCAGUGAUGACGAUGACAAGAGGGAGGACUACAAGAGACCCUCCAUCAUCACGGACAAGGAUCUCAAAGACUUUGACGAGAUUCUACACCUUGACUCCAACGGAGGCUGGGCUGCAGCCCAGGGGGAAAUUGACUACAGUGAGAAACUGGUAUUCAGUGAUGAAGAAGAAAAUGAAAAUGGGGAGACAAAGAGAAGCAAACGUAACAAGGAUCGUGAGGAGAGGUCUUCAACAGGUGGCGAUAAAGAGUCACGAUCAAGUCGUGAUGACGGAGAGGAAAUGGAGCCACGUCGAGAACGCAGAAAGGCAAGUGAAGAUAACCCCGCAAGUACUGUUGAUGGUAACAUAGCCUUGGGGUUGACUAUCGAGGACGCAGCCUUUAGGGCGGUGGAAAAUGAUUCGGUGGAGAUCGAGGCAAGUGGGGACCAGUCUCCAGUUCCAAGGGAGGCCUGGAUGCAGGGAGGACCCAUGCCACCGCAGUUCAGGGGCAGACUACCACACCCAGGCAUGGAGAGGGGCUGGAUGCCUCCAUUUGAGUUCAUGGGACCGCGGGGCCCCUACCCCCCACACUACAGAAUGGGUGUGCCCCCACAUGGCCCUGGCCAGCGCCUGCCGUUUGGAGGUCACCCUCCCCAGCCUCACAUGGGACCUGCAGGGCCGGCAGGUGUAACAGACCCAGCCAAGAAGGGAGAUGAUGAUGACGAGAUGUGGAGACAGAAACGACAGGAGCGCAAGGAGGAGCUGUCCUCUGCCGUAGAGCGAGCCAGACAGCGCAAGGAGGAGGAGGAGAAGAGGAUGGAGCUGGAGAGAAAGAAGGCAGCCCAGGAGAAACUCAAGGCUCUAGAUGAGCGUGCAAAGAAAAAGGACGACAAGAUUGACGGUGAUGGUGAGGAGGCCGAUAUGGAUGCUGGCAGUAAGCUGGACUCCCGCUCCAGUCGUACCAGUGAGAGUGAGAGUGACAAGGGCGAUAGGCCGCAGUCCAGGGAUGGACAAAAAUAUCCACAGGGUUCUCAGAGCCAGCACAAGGCCUACUCCCGGCCUGGCAUGCCACCUCGUUUCCAGAAACAGCACUCUGGAGGGGAUCAGCAGGGGGUAACCUCGCCACGCAGUCAGCCCCCGCACUCUCCCCAGUCGUCCCAGGCCACGCCCACCUCCCCCCAGCCCCACCCUGGGGCCCAGAUGAGGCCUGGACAGGGGCCACCAACCUCAUGGGGUGCCCCAUAUUGGAACCCCAUGCAGCAGUUCAUGGGAUAUGGUCCAAGACCACCAAUGGACAUGCAGGGUAUGCACAUGUACCCAGGUAUGCCACCACGUCGCACACGUACGGACAGUCACGGCUCGGGCACAGAGAGCCAGGAGGAGCGUGACAGCAGGGCUGCGUCAUAUCAGCAGCAACAGCAACAGCAGUACGAGGAGGCGAUGAGGCGACAGCAGCAAAUGUUUGAACCACGCAUGUACGGGGAACAGGAUGACUACAGAAGAGAUUACCCGAAGUCCAACCGAGCUGGCCCCAUGGACUAUUUACAUCACAGCAACAGUCAGUAUGAGGAUAUAUCGGAUCAGGAAAACGAGGACGAUUUUCAAGAACCAGAGCAGACAAAGGAAGCUCCUGCACAGAAAGACUUGUUUGAAGAGAGUGAACGUGAGGAAAGAAGGACACCCGCGUCCGAGAAAUCCGACAGACAGGAGAGGAUUGAUAGUGAGAGCAGAGGAAACAAAUCCAAAGAUGAUCGUGAUGACAAGGUGGACAGCAAGCCCAGAGACCAUGAACCUCCCACACGUGAUGAUAAACCUCGCGAUAAACGCCCCGACAGGCAGACUUCUCAUGACUCGAGAGAUGGGCACGUCGAAAGACGCGAUAGUCGCCAGGAGAAGUCCGACCGUUCCUACGACACAAGGGACUCUAGGAACAAGACUGACUCUAAACAAAAGGAGAAUCAUUGGGACCGCCCUGACAAGUCCCGCGAGAAGUCUGAUAGAGGGGAAAGAAAGGAUGGGAGGCAGGAUCGUAAAAAGAGGGAUCCAGACAAUGUGUGGAACAUGUCACCAAUGAAGCAGGAGGACAAUCGACAUAAGCGAGACUUCCACAAUGCCCCUCCCCCAAUCACCCUGCGUGAAUCUCAGCAGAAUACUCCAGCCCAGAGCAACUUUGUCUCCCUGAAGAGGCCUGCAUCCACGCUCUCAAAGGCAGAUUCCCGCGAAUCGCCUGCCAGCGACAAAAAUGAGGACCACUCAGCUGCCAAAGAUUCUACAAAGGAAACGUUCUCAUCCCCAAACAAGGCGAAGGACCUGAAAGAUUUGGCUGAGGAUGUAAAGAAGACAGAGAGCCCAGAUGCUAUAAAACCGGACAGGGAUACCAAAUCAGAUACACUGGAGAAGACACCCAAAAACGAACAAAGGGACCGAAAUAAAGAGAACAAAGAGGACAGAGAACAUGGUGACAGGUCCCAUCCUCCUGCCAAGAGAAUGAGAGACGAACCACCUCGAGACAAGUAUGAUAACCGCAGCGACAGAUACGACAGUAGGCAGAGGAACGCACCGCGAGGCAGCCGCGAGUUUGUUCGGGGGACAUCAAGAAGCCGCGGGCGAGGAAGGGGUGGCAGGGGCUCCAGUAUGGGAGAAAGGGGCUUCGGGCGACCAGAGAGAGGGGACCGUAGGGGUGGGGCUGUCCCUGGCAGGGGCCGGUCUAACGAGUUCAGGUAUGAUAAUGAUACGGACAGGGACAGCAGGCGAGAUGACAUGGGGCAUAGAAGAGGGGCUGGGACAUAUGCAGACCAGGCAAAGCCCUUCUCUAUGGGAAACUGGGGAGACACAGAGGAAGUUGAGGAAGUUCCAAACAGGCGUAGGGACAAGGAUGACGAGAGUGAUCUGUCUACGGAGGAAGUUAGCUCUGUCAGUGGCGAUUCCACGGCUGGCAGGGCAGAGGUGUCAGUUGGUCAUGGGAAAGAUUCCGUUCAACGGGACUCUGCAAAGCCCCACGAUGGUAGACGUGAAUCUCAGCCUAGGGAUAAGGGCGGUAGGCGUAGUGUGGAUGAGGGGAAUGAUGAGCGCUACCCAAAGGAUCCAAGGUCACCACGUGGCGAUGAGCAGUUCAUACCUAAGGGUGAACCCUCUAGAAGGGGCAGAGGUGGCUCUGCCAUGAGGGGUGGACGAGGCAGUGGCAGAGGUGCAAGGGAUGAUCGCAGGUACAACUCAGCCCCACCCACUCGUGGAGGCGGGUUUGGGCGACCCCCAAACAAGGAAUUCCGUGGACCCCCCGAGGAUCAGCAAUACCGCAGUGAUAAUAGGCGUGACAGACGAGGAGACAGAGCGUCCCCACCUCCCAGAUUUGCCCGCGGGCGGGGAGAGAGGGGUGGUGGGUUUGAGAGAGGGAGGGGCAGAGGCAGGGGUCGUGGUGGUCCCAUAGUGCCCAACAGCAAUGGUAGAAACCAGCCACUUGCCAAGCAAAACUCGUCUGAGGCGGGAGUUGAUGAUUGGGAGACAGCGUCAGAGAGCAGUGAUGUGAACGAGCGACGCGAUUCAAAGAACGAUUUAAAGGACGGCCGUGAUAAGCAGCGCGAUCAGAAGAAGAGCUUCUCUAGUCAGCGGCCGCCACAGGGUGAUCGUGGGGGUCAAAAUCGCCGCAUGAAUGCCAGUGAUCAGAACAGCUUUGUGGGUGGUGGUGGUGGUGGUGGUGGUGGUGGUGGUGGUGGAAAUGUUAGUGGUAAUAAUAGUAACAAAAAUUAUGAAAAUCCAAAAAACUUUCAUAAAGAGAGGAUGCCCAACUCCUCGCUGACAAAAAAUGGGUACGCUACCCCUCCAAAAAACGGGCCGGGUGGGGGCAAACGACCCCCACAUUCCCAGACCAAACGAGAUAGCAUGAGUGGUAGCCAGGUGUUCCGAGUGGAUGGCAUUGUCCCGAACGACCAGGCAGCCAUUGACAGCGCCCUUUCCUCUGGUAUAAGUGAGAAAGGAAAGUUCUCCAAAAAAGGUGAUUUAACUGACGUUUCAAAGCCAUUGAAGUCUGAGAAGAAAAGGGAAGAUGCCCUGGCCAACAUUGACCUCACAAAUAUAGCAGGAGUAGUAGUCAUCGACAACGUGCCAGAUGUUACCAUUGACGACCCAGCGUUCCUGUACGAAAGCAAUGAAGGUUUCCAGGAGGUGCAGAGCCGAAAGACCAUCAAGAACAAACAGAAGGCCCAGGAGGCCGAGAUACGAAAACUGGCCAUCGAGAGUCAGGAACAGGCACCUGUCAGCAGGAAGUCCAAGGACGUAGUGUCAAAGGUUGUGGCUAAACCCAAAGGCGUUCACACGGCAGCUGACAAGACACGCAACUUCAAGCACACCAAAUUGCCCCCAAGGUUUGCCAAGCAGAGGGAACAGUUGAGAGGCGACAAGGGAGGUAAGCCUCGCGGGCAGGACCAGCAGGAAGAGGAUGGACAGAGUUCUGGCCCCUUCAUGUCGAUUGGCAACUGGGACAACACGAUGUCCAAUAACAUCCCGACUGUUGUUAGUGGUGAUGGGAAACAGGGCCAUGAUAUGGAGAUGGGAAAAGGCGUUAUCGGCACCUUCAAUCCAGCGUUGGCUGAAGGCAGCAUGGCUACAAUGGCCUCCAUGUCACAGCCAGUCCAGUCUGCGACCCCUAGUGCAGCAAAUCCGACCCUUACUCCAGCCCCUGUGCCAAGUGUGAACGCCUGGAACAAGCCUAUCAAUUUUGCUGCUGUUCCGGGCAUGCAGGUCCAGGAGGCAAAGUUUGACAAGGGAGAUCAGCAUGACAGCGGUAUCGACGUGAGUGACCACCCCAACAGUGGCGGCUCCUCAACACGCAGCUCUCCCAGCACUGAGAACAAGCUGGUAGCACCCAAGCUGGAGAGAAUUAGUGAGAAAGGAACAUUAGGGGACUUGAAGGCGGAUAGCCCUAAACCACAGCGGCAGGCUAAGCCGGCUGUCCGAGCCGAGAAAGUGAGCGUGAAGGAGCCAGUGGUCAAGCAGCUUGAUAAGACUGUUAAGAAACCCGAGCCCAAACUACGGGCCACCAGUGCUGCAAUGGACAAACCCCAGCCUAUACAGCUGCCAGCUAGCUUCAAGGACUCCUUUGGAAACGGUGAAGACUCCAGUGAGAUGAAGUUAGAAUUCACCUUCGAUGCAGAGCUUGCAAAGUUCAGCGAAGGAAAGACGGAAAUGGAGGGAGGGAUAAUUCAUGAUGAGACCACCCCUGUUGCCAUGACACUUGGUAGUGUGACUGUCAGUUCACAGAAAAUCGCUAACACUCUGAUGUCACCGUCUGCCCAAGAUUUGAACAUGAAGAUUGCUUCUACAAAGAAUGUCUGGGAUAAACCAUCUGUGGAUAAUGUGUUUGAUCCAAACGUGAUGGGCAGUGUGAACGUGUCGGAGUCAUUCCAGUCCUUCAAGUCAGACAUUGAGAUGACGAUGGACAACCACUCAGUGGACCUAACAGACAACAUCAUACCCGACAUUGGCCAGAACAGCAGCAACAUCUCCCCUCGAAACCAAGACAACAUGUUUGGCGAAUCUGAAAUCGUUAAGAGGACAACUUUUUCUGUGAAUGUUUCACCGUUCAAGCCUGCUCUGAGUUCAUCAUUCGCCCAGUCUGACAUGGGUAAAGCUUUCAACUCGGACAACCAGCAGUACUCCAGUUCCCGCGGUGAUAUGGACGGGUUUUCUGGGAUGGAUGUAGGUCAGGAUUAUAGUCAGGGGUUUGCAUCGUCAGAGCCUUACUCCCAGGUGUUCUCCACAGGUACAAGUUCCUCAGGUCUGUCAUACAGCCAGACAUUUUCCUACUCUCAGCCGGAGAUUGGCAACUUUGCACAGACCAAUCUGAACAACAUGAUGCAGCUGAAGACUGGUAGUCAUGAGAAAACCAAUAUCUGUGCCGUGAAGCCCCAGCAGAUCCAGUACUCUAACUCUGUGAGCAUGGCAGGUCCUGGCGGGAACUCCAACAGCAACAUGUCUGCUGACCCCAGCCCGCCGGUCCUUAUUCAGGGACAGCACCAGUUCACACACUUCCCCAUGAACUCUCAGCUGAUUGGACCACAAGAGACGCGGUUGGGCAACUUCAGCUUCAACCUGUCACAGCUUCACCAGUCUGGCCUGGGACAGGCGUUCACCCAGCAGAGUCCCUUCAUGCCGACCACACCCACCCAGCCUGACCCUUAUCAACAGUCACAGGUGCAGGGAUUUGCACGAGCACCAGCCCAGCCAUAUGGUCAGACCCAUUCCCAGCAGAACACGAUCAUGGUGUCGUCAACCAACUCGUCUCAGAUGUCAUCGGGAAUCAAGGCCCCAGCACAACCAGCCUUUGGCACCCAGUUGCAGACCAAGCACCAUGCAGGUAACCUAGCGUACGGUCAGUCAGGCCUCAACAGCUCGCAGAUGCAGCCCUCUCUUCUCUCGUUCGUGUUCCCAGGGGACCCCAGCAGUCAGCUGUUUGGGGGAUCUGGGAUGACCGGUAUCAACCAGAUCAUGGGCACCUCACAGACCCAAAACAAUAACCAGAUCCUCAACUCCUUGAUGACACAGCAGAGAGCGGGCGGCCUGCAGAUUCAGACUCCCUCCACGUUCUACCAGCAGGCGGGACAGACAGGGCUGCAGCAGUCUGCUCAGCUCACACAGACCGGCUUCUUCCCUGCCCAGCAGCAGCCUAGCACCACUCUGCAGUUCCCUGCCAGCAACGCCACAAUCAAGCUAGGUGGAGAUCUGGGCUUUCCACACGCAGUACUGCAGAAUUCCCUACAACAACAGCAGCCAGCCCAGACCGGCUCCAACCAGCAGCCAUCAGGCACCCCCUCUGGCCCUCCGCCUUUUAACGCGAUGUCCUACGGGUCAAAUCAGGGGCUGAACCCCUUGCUGCAUCCCUCCGGACACUUGGCUCCCACCCAUCAGCUUGGAGUAGGUCAUGGAAAGAAUCAGCCUUUCUCUGCGCAGAACCAGGUGUCGCCAAUACCUAAUAAUAUGAAGUCUCCCCCAAGCAGUCUCGGAAGCUCCACAGUAGGUGGCAACCAGGCACCAGUGCCUGGCCAGAACGUGAACUCCAAACCCUUCACAUCUCAGCGUACACUGAGCAGCCAGCCUCUGCCGCCCGCAGCCCCCCUCCCUCAGGCCAGCCAGGGACCCCAGAGGUUCCCACAGGGACCCACGAUUGGCUUCAACCCCACCAUGCCCCCCUCCACCAUGCCCCAGCAGAACUUCAAUAAGCAGAACUUUGGCAUUCAGUUCCAAGCAGCCCUCCGACCCCAGAUGAUACUAGGCAACCUCAUGCGGCCAGGGAUGCCACCAGCCUCCUUCCCCAACCCCAUCCAGAGGCCUGCCGUUCAGCAGACCAGUCGACAGACGCGGCCAGUCCGGCCCCAAGUGGUUCCCCCUUCCUCGAGCCCUAACCAGUCCGUGACGGACAUGAAGCUCCAACAGCGACAAGCUUUGCUGGCCCAUACCCAGAGUUUCUUGAAUCCGGACAACAAGCCGAGGGUGAAGUCCAAGGUGGAGGUGUCUGCUAAGGAAGAGAAGACAGCUGUGGUCAGCGCUACCACUGGAGAGCUGGUUGCUGCCAGCGACGGUGCUGGUGAUACUGGAAAGAAAAUAAAAGGCUAAGCGCAUGCUAAGUAGUGUAAUUUAUGUGGGGGAAAUUGAUAAAAAUCACAAAAACUUGAAAAUGUGUACUUAAUAUAUUAAAGAGGAACAUAAUUGAAAUGCUGACCUAAUAUUUCACAAUGAAAGAAUAUUUUGGGAAAUAUGACCUGAAGAUGUGUUAAUAAGGAGUCUCAGAGAGACCAUACAAAAAAAAGAAAUGGACAUCCCUCAAUCAAAAUCAAGAUUUCUGACUUUCAGAUAUAGUGAAUCAUGUUGAUGGAAAUGAGAGACAAUAUUAUAUGUUGUAUACCUUACAAAAGUGAGACAAUUAAUUGGUAAAUGAAUAUAUAAACAUUAUUGUUCAUUUUUACUAAAUAUGAGCAAAAAUAAAAUAAACAAUGGCAUUUACAAGAAUGUGCUCACCCAACCAAUAAAUACUAGACGGACAUAGGCAUAUAUUUAAACCAUGUACUUCAAAGUGAUGCUGACAUUAUGACUUGGGAUGAUUAAUAGUUGCCUUGGAAAUGAAAUACAUGUAUUGACAGUAUUGCAAAAAUUACUGCAACCAAAAAAGGUAUCGGAUUACAACAGAUGCUCCUGACAUGGCCCUCUGACACUGAAUGACAUUUCAAAUGAUCUACUAGUGCAAAUGACAAGAUAGAAAGCUUUAGUUUAGGAUUUGGAGGCUGUUUUUCCUGCGUUUUUUUUAAUAAAGAUUGUAACUUAAUUUAUUUCGCUGUACAUAACAUAUUUUAGGGAGUUCAAAGCAGGACAGACGGCUGACAUUUCCUGGCAAUAGUUGUGAUGGACAGUCAAUCUGCAGAUUGUUCUGUAAAAUAAUGUGCGAUGUAGCUGAUUGUGUAGAUUGAAGGCAACCAAUGGUAGAAAAGGUCCACAUUUGUAUAAAAACAACAUCGUACAUGAGCAUUCCAUUAGGAAUUGCCAUAUGUUUGUUCAUAGAUGUACAUACGUAUCCUGUGAUGUACAAACAUGUACAAAUUAACCCAGUAAUGGAUAGAUAGGAUGUGUAAAUGUUUGAUAAAUAAUGACCAUGUCACAUUUUGUAUUGAUUUAUAAAAUGUUUUAUAAUUUGUUGCCAGUAUGAAGUUGUAAAAUCUAGGUUAUAACCUUGUCUAGCAUAAUCUGUACAUUUAAAAAUGUGAUUUGAGUGAGUUACCCUAUACUUUCUGAGACAAUUGCAUUUAUUGAUGUUAGCAGGUGGACCAAUCAAGCCCAUAUUCUUACAUUAUUACUGAAGACAAAGAACAUGUUACAAUCCCAGAUAUAUCAAACUAAAAAUUUAGCAAGCCCUUUUCAAAAUGAACCCGGCCAUGGGUUGUGGAUUUGAGCUAAUGUUUAUCACUGCAAUUGUAAUAUAUUGUUCAAAAUGUAAUCUUCAUAAAGCCAUUAUAAGAAUUACAAAUGUGCCAGGUACAAUAUUGCGUUAUUUUUGGUGGAGUGACUUGCAUUUUAUACUCUUGUACAUUUUAUACAUUUUGCUACCUUGUGAAAUAAAUAAAAAAAGGAAUAUGUAAAUAAUCACACAUCUGUACAUAUCAUUGAAAAAUACCUGAUCUACCAUUGGUUUCUAAGAAUCACUGAUACUGUUUGUUCAACAGGGCUAACUCAAUGAUUCAUUUUGUAACAAGAACUAAGGCAGUUUGUGGAAUGAAAAAACAUCUGCCAGGAUUGGAUAUUGUGUAGCCCCUUAUAUAAGGUUUAAAGAUGAUAAGCACUUGUGUGUUAUGCAAAUGUGAUGGCCAAAUUAAGAAAUUAUCAAGAGACAACAAAUUGUUUAAUGUUGUUAUGUUAUUCAAAAAUUGGUUAUGAAAUGGCUUCAUGGCUUUGGUUGAAAUUUGCUGUUGGAUUUAAUGUUGAAAUGGGAUAUUAUAUAUUUAAAGAUGUUGAUAGAAGACAAUGAUUAAAGCUCUGGUAAUGGUUUGUUUUAAAUUUUAGCAAAGGAAAAGGAUGCUUUGCUGUAGGGAUAGGUUUGGUUCGGAGAAAAUCACGUUUGAGCCCAUCGUUUUAGUUUGUGAUUUUAUCCAGUUUUUCAUAAGGGACCGUUCUACUGAAUUUGCCCCAUUCAGUAGUAUCGCUUGCCCUUUUGUGGUGAUGACCUUGUGAUCUUGAGGAUGCCCCCCUUAAAGGUCAAGGUUGAGCGAGGUUGUUGUGUUUUUUCACGCGUACAUGUAAUAUAUAUUUAUGUAGGUUCUUGAAUGUCAUCAUGUGUUUCUAUGGUGUCUUAAUUUAUAUUCUUCACUACUUGUACUUUUUGGUUCCAUUCUAGUUGUUUUAUUCAGUUUUAUGGCAUUCAGAGUGUGGUGUGAGAUACAUGACUUUAAUACUUGAUCUGAGCUCCCUGCGUUUUAAUUAAAACUAACUGUAAGAAAGAGAUUUUGGAUUUUAGUCCAAGAUUAAAAUAAUACUGAUUAUGUUGCAUGUCUUGCCAAAUAUGUCCACUGGCGUAUCAAUUUUGACUAUUAUUGUGAGCACAUUUGUUAAAUAAUGUUGGUCUCAGAUGAUCCUUGUCUGAUUUGGCGGAACAUAUUUUCUGUACAUAUAACUAACAAUCACAACUCCGAAUCCUUUUUUUUAAAUUUUUCUUCUACACAAUUAUUUCUUCUGUAUAAUUUACAUAUCAUUAUUUAAGCUUACGAUAAUGCAAGCAGGCUUUUAAAUUUGUCAUGGCAUUUUCGUAAUACAUGUAUGUAAAGUUCGUGACGUUCAUUAUAGCAAAAGGUUAUAGUGUUCGCACAGAAUUGUCAAUUUAAUGUGGCAUUAAUAACAUAAAUGAUAAUACAGUCAUUACAUUGCUUCGCAAUUGUGAAGUAUCAAUAACUGUGCUGUACAGUGCAGUACAUACACCUUAUAGCUUAACAUGAUUUCUAUAUGAUCAACAUGUUCUGUUGUCAGCUGUUGCCUAUGUUUGCUCAACAUAAGUUACAGAACAGUUACCAGUACAUUGUGCACUGGACAAUUGUUUAGCUUGUUUUAAAAUCGUCAUGCAGAGUUGAGCACUUUUAGUUUUCAACUUGUUUAUUUUCAUGUUUAAAAAAUUCAGAUACUGAUGUCAGAGCAUUUCUGGCGUCGUGAUCUGUUUGACAAGCUGUAUCAAAACAACCAUAUUUUGUAUGCCAUAGUGUGUGAUUGUGUGUGCAAAUAAUCAUUAUGUUUAUAGUUUUCUUCCAUGAAAAUCUAUUCAUGCUCUCUGAAAUAAAGGGCUCAACAAAACUAA